CGGGGAGCCCAGGGCCGGGCCGGCUGCCUGGGGACCCGCGCGCCCCGCACACUCACCUUCUUGGCCCCGGGGCCUCCUGCCGCUGCCAUCGCGCCGCGGGUGUGAGGACGCCGACCCGGGGGCGCGCCGGCCAGGAGCCCGCCCCUCGCCGGGGGAGGGCCCAGUGCCCCGGCCCGCGCCGUCGGUGGCCUCGCGCGGGGACUGCGCCCUCGGCUGCGCCUCGCCAUGCUCCGCGCCGGCGCGCAGCGGCUGCGGGGCCUCCCGCUGCCCCGUCUCCCGCUGCCCGGCCUCCUCGGGCGCCCGCGCUCCACCUGCAGCCGAGGAGAGGAAAACCCACCCUUAUCUGCAGAAACAAGAUGGAAAGACAGAGCGGAAACAGUGAUCAUUGGAGGUGGCUGCGUUGGUGUGAGUCUGGCUUAUCACCUGGCCAAAGCAGGGAUGAAGGAUGUGGUCCUCCUGGAGAAAUUGGAGCUCACCGCUGGAUCCACCUGGCAUGCAGCAGGUUUAACAACUUACUUUCAUCCUGGAAUAAACUUGAAGAAAAUACAUUAUUAUAGCAUCAAACUUUAUGAGAAACUGGAGGAAGAAACUGGACAGGUGGUGGGAUUCCAUCAGCCAGGUAGUAUCAGAAUUGCUACAACUCCUGUAAGGGUCGAUGAAUUUAAAUAUCAGAUGACUCGGACGGGCUGGCAUGCCACGGAACAGUAUAUUAUUGAGCCUGAAAAAAUUCAAGAGAUGUUCCCUUUACUCAACACGAGUAAGGUUUUAGCUGGACUGUAUAAUCCUGGAGAUGGUCACAUUGAUCCUUACUCUCUAACCAUGGCCCUAGCUGCUGGGGCUAGGAAAUAUGGUGCCCUUUUAAAAUAUCCUGCACCGGUGACUUCUCUGAAACCCAGGUCAGAUGGAACAUGGGAUGUUGAAACACCACAGGGAUCUAUGAGAGCAAAUCGAGUUGUGAAUGCUGCAGGAUUUUGGGCCCGUGAAGUUGGUAAGAUGAUCGGACUAGAACAUCCUCUCAUCCCGGUCCAGCAUCAAUAUCUUGUCACAUCCACUAUACCUGAAGUGAAAGCUUUGAAACGAGAACUCCCUGUGCUCCGUGACCUGGAAGGAUCUUUUUACCUCCGACAGGAAAGGGAUGGGCUUUUGUUUGGUCCAUAUGAAAGUCAGGAGAAAAUGAAAGUUCAGGACUCCUGGGUCACCAGUGGAGUCCCUCCAGGUUUUGGAAAGGAACUCUUUGAGUCUGAUCUGGACCGAAUCACGGAACACGUUGAAGCUGCUAUGGAAUUGGUUCCAGUCUUGAAAAAGGCGGACAUCAUCACUAUUGUUAAUGGUCCUAUCACCUACUCUCCUGACAUUCUGCCUAUGGUGGGGCCCCAUCAGGGGGUCAGAAACUACUGGGUGGCUGUAGGCUUUGGAUAUGGCAUAGUCCACGCUGGUGGGGUAGGGAAAUAUCUCAGCGACUGGAUCCUACAUGGAGAGCCUCCUUUUGAUCUGAUAGAAUUGGAUCCCAAUCGCUAUGGCAAAUGGACAACAACUGAGUACACUGAGGCCAAAGCAAGAGAGUCAUAUGGAUUCAACAAUAUUGUUGGUUAUCCUAAAGAAGAACGGUUUGCCGGGAGGCCAACUCAGCGAGUCAGUGGCCUUUAUAAAAUUCUGCAGUCUAAGUGUUCCAUGGGGUUCCAUGCGGGCUGGGAGCAGCCACACUGGUUCUACAAACCGGGCCAGGACACUCAGUACAGGCCAAGUUUUCGCCGCACAAACUGGUUUGAGCCUGUGGGCUCUGAGUAUAAACAGGUUAUGCAAAGGGUAGGGGUGAUUGACCUGUCGCCAUUUGGCAAGUUCAACAUCAAAGGCCAGGACUCCAUUAGACUGUUGGACCAUCUCUUUGCAAAUGUCAUUCCAAAGGUGGGUUUUACAAAUAUAAGUCACAUGUUAACACCCAAAGGUCGGGUGUAUGCUGAGUUGACUGUUUCCCAUCAGUCUCCUGGGGAGUUUCUGUUAAUAACUGGUUCUGGAUCAGAACUUCAUGAUCUUAGAUGGAUUGAAGAAGUGGCAGUCAGAGGCGGAUAUGAUGUUGAAAUUAAGAACGUAACUGAUGAGCUUGGAGUCCUUGGAGUUGCAGGGCCACAGGCAAGAAAGGUCCUUCAGAAACUGACCUCUGAAGAUCUUAGUGACGAUGUCUUCAAGUUUCUUCAAACCAAGUCUUUACAGGUUUCCAACAUUCCUGUCACUGCUAUUAGGAUAUCUUAUACUGGUGAGCUGGGUUGGGAGCUGUACCACAGACGAGAAGAUUCCGCUGCACUUUAUGAUGUUAUCAUGAAUGCGGGCCAGGAAGAGGGAAUUGACAAUUUUGGAACAUAUGCCCUGAAUGCCUUAAGACUGGAGAAAGCUUUCAGAGCCUGGGGGUCAGAGAUGAACUGUGAUACAAAUCCCUUGGAAGCUGGACUGGAAUAUUUUGUAAAGCUAAAUAAGCCAGCAGACUUCAUAGGAAAGCAAGCACUGAAACAGAUUAAAGCCGAGGGGCUGAAACGGAGACUGGUCUGCCUUACCUUGGCAACCGAUGAUGUUGAUCCAGAGGGAAAUGAAAGCAUCUGGUACGAUGGCAAGGUGGUUGGCAACACGACCUCCGGAAGCUACAGUUACAGCAUCCAGAGGAGCCUGGCCUUUGCGUAUGUCCCUGUGGAGCUCGGGAAAGUAGGACAGCAAGUGGAAGUUGAACUCCUCGGCAAAAAUUACCCAGCAAUCGUCAUACAAGAGCCCUUGGUAUUGACAGAACCAACCAGAAACCGGCUUAAGAAAAAAGGUGGGAAGGACAAAAUUUGAAAAAGACCUUCAGCAGGCAACUGACUUACGAUUGCACUGUGCCUGUGCUCGAAAUGACGGUUGAUUCCUGAGGGAGUAUGGGAAAACAAGAAUUCACUUCAAGAUCAUCGAAAUCUAGAUUUAGAAUCGGAAUAAAACCUUUCUCUUAAUUCUUCUCUAAGCAAAAUAGAAUAAUGGAUUAGUGAUUUACAUUGUUCUUUCAAGUGGAGAAAUUUGAAAUGAAUGUUUUUAUUACCCUAUAUUGGUGUUUGUGGAUCUCAAUUGCAAAACUUUUAAGUUUUUGCUAAUACACAAUCAUUAUUACAGCUGAAUUAGAGGAUGUUAUACAAUUUUAGGAUCAUAUGCAUAUGGUUCUCGAUAUGUUUUACAUAAAAACAAAUGCAAUAUUGCUGAUGGACUUACUUCACUGAGAAAGAUUAGUCGAAUAGGGGAUAGUUUUAAUUUUUCACAAUAAAUCUAUGAUAAAAACAGGAAAGUUUAAUAUUGAUAUAUAACAUUUUUAUUCAAUUCUCUGAAAUAUUUAUCUUCAGUGGCUUUCCUGAAAGCAGUUUUAUGGGACAUCAUUAUUGUCCUUUCAAAGGUUGUCUUAGAAAAAAAAUAGCAAAAAAGAACAGUCUUCUAAAGGAAGCAGUGGUUGCAAACCUUCUGAAAUGAAGCGGAAACAUAAAUAGAUUGUGCCAGUACAAACACAAUGUGAAUACUGAACACUUCUCUUUGGGAAAGAAUUAAUGCAAGUUGACAUCACGUCAUGCCGUUCCGAGUAUCACUUCACAAAGCAUUUGACAAAGCAGGUCAAACAAGAGCUUAAGAGCUGACAGGAUUGCCCUUAGCACUGUGUACAGCAAGAAAAAAAUCCAUUUAGAAAUAAUUCUUUGAUAUACUUCUUGAAAUUAUUAGGGUGUAGUUGAGUGAAUAAAUCAAAUGUUUUGUAAAAGGUAGUUUGUCAUUUAUAAUUUAUGUUAUACAAGCAUUUGUUACACAUUUAUUGAGCUUUUCCUAGGUAUUAAAGCUAAAUGUGAAGCACAAUAAGAUUCUGUAAUUAGAAAACAUUUUAAAAUAAUGUCUUGUAAGUUUUGCAAAGGUGCCAAAUUUACAUUUUAAAUGUUUGGUAAAAGUAAUCACAUAUUAGGACUCUUCAA